AUGAAUGGAGGAAAAAGCUCAGGGUCAGGGCCGAUCCACGUUGAUCUCCUCAUCGAAAUACUUUUGAGAUUGCCGGCGAAAGCUAUAGCGAGAUGUCGUUGCGUAUCGAAGCAAUGGGCCUCCACACUUGCACUUCCCCAUUUCACGGAGUUGUUCUUGACUAAAUCUUCGGCUCGUCCGCGGCUAUUGUUCGCCUUCAAAGGAUACGAUAGUAUUUUGUUCUUCUCGUCACCUCAGCCUCAAAAUAAUCCAGAUGAGAAGAACAACUCGCCUGCUGCUGUAACAGUCAACUAUCGAACACGUUUUUCUUUUCAUCGUCGCUAUGCUAAUAUUUGUCCUGUCAAUGGCUUCUUCUGUUUUAGAAGUGAGCGGAUCGUAAGGGGGAGGACAAAUCCAUUGUUGGAGCUGGUGAUAUGUAACCCUUGCACGGGACAGUCUUUUCUUUUACCGAAGGUGAAGACAAUGAAGAGGGUUGGGGUACAUAGCUAUUUAGGGUAUGAUCCCAUAGGUAAAAUCUACAAGGUAUUGUCCAUGACAUGGUUAGUCAAUGGAAGAGACGUGAUUUUUGAGGAGCAUCAAGUUCUAACAUUAGGAACUAGGAAACCUGAAUGGAGAAUGAUAGAUUGUCGCAGACACCAUUAUGUUUUUCAGAGUAAAGAGAUAUGCAUCAGUGGUGUUUUGUAUUACACAGCUGCUAACGAUAUGUAUGGAGAGGAUUCCAUAGUCGUUUGCUUUGAUGUCAGGACUGAGAAGUUCAGAUUUGUUGAUGACGUGGAAAAUUUCCGUGUUGGAACUCUGGUAAACUACAAUGGCAAAUUAGGUUCACUUGUGUCGUCUGAAGGGUCUAGCUCGGUUAGUAGAACAAGUAAAAGUAUAAUGAUGUAUGUUCUAGAAGAUGUCGAAAAGCAGGAAUGGUGGAAGCAUACAUACGUACUACCCGCUUUGUGGCCAAGUAUAGUUGAAACGAACUAUUUUAGCUUUGCUGGACUGACCCUGACAAAUGAAAUUGUCUUGUCCCCGUCCUAUACAUUUGGGCCUUUCUACGUUAUCUACUACAAUGUCGAUAAAAAGACAGCCGUAAAACUUCAAAUCCAAGGAGUGAAACCGAAUAUGGAUCGUGAACUUCUCACCUUUACAGACUAUGUAGAGGACGUGACGCUUAUGCCACAAUGUUUUACUUAG